GAGGCAAUGAUCAAAACAGUCCAAGUUUCGCGACAUCACGACGACGUUUUCUGCCAAGCACUCAGUUCAUAAGCUCCUCUUCUCUCUCUUUCCCAUCUUCCUCAUUCAAUUCCUCUCUUAAAACCCUAAUUACUUCUGCAAAAUCAUAUCUUGUAAUCUAGGGUUCAGCUUUUAGGGUUUAUUAUAUAUCUAUCUAUCUCUCCUCUCUCUCUCUCUCUGUGUUGAAAUGUUGAUUGAUUUUUCGAUGAAAUGAUGAAGCAAGAGACCACCAAUACUCCGAUCCCAACCCCCACAGCCCCCGUGUGCGGCAACUGCGGGGUGGAGGAGUGGCGGCUCCUCCUCCACGUCCGCCACCGCGCCACCCUCCGGCGCCUCUGCACUUCUUGUGUUCUCCGCCUCCACCCUCAGUCCUUCUGCCCCACCUGCUUCCUCGUCUUCGAUCGCCAACCCCCCUCCAAUGACACUGUCACCUGCUUCAAAUGCUACUCUUAUUCUCACUCUCGCUGCGUUCCCCCCAAUUCCCCCAAACCCUACAUUUGCCCUCCCUGCUCCAACCCUAACGCUCCCAUCUUCCUCGCCAAGAAGGUCAAGGCCGAAGAUCCCCCAGAUGGGGAUGGAGAUGGCUUUUGGAGAGAGAUUGAUAAGAAAUCGGCCAAAGUGCUUCUUGCUGCUGCUAGGAUUGCCGCCAAUUCGAUGGGUAAAGCUGCGCUGGCUGCUAAGGUCGAGGCGGAGAAGCGGGCCAAAGAGGCGUCCUUUGCGAGGAAGAAAGCGAGGGAAGCGUUGGAGCACGUUGCGUUUCUUGUGGCGAAAGAGAAGUUGAAGCGUAAGGAUUUGAUGUCGGCGGAGGUUUCUGGGUCUGGUAAUGUGGUUGCUCAGGAGAGGAAUCAGAAAACUGGUACUAGUGUUAAUAGUGUUGGUAUUGGGAAUGCAGUCGUGGUUGCAGAGCAAAACCGGAUUGGUAAUCAGCGUGCGCGUGUGGGUGCGGGUGGGGUGGAUGGAGUGGAUGGUCCGAAUGAGGUUUCGGCGCGUUUGAAUGCUGUGGGAUUAAGAGAGGAGAGGUUGCAAGUAUUUGGGGGACGCAGUGUAGUGUCAGGACCACAGAAUAAUGGUGGAGUAAUGGCUGUGGAUGGUAACGAAAGACCGAGAGUGAAUUCGGGUUCUAAUGUGGGAGGCGCGUUCAUUCAGAAUAAGGAAAAUGAGAGGUCUGGUUAUUUGGGUCACUCAGAGAACAAUAAUGCACAGGGGGAGAAAGCAGACAUUGGGUUGUAUUCGGUUCCUCCUGUGGGAGAUGAGCUGCAGCAUAUGCAAAACAACCAUGGUAUGGAAGAGAACAUUGGCUCUCAACAAUAAUUUAUGGUGACUUGGGAAUUAUGGGCAACAUGAUAAACCCAAGGUGUAUAAAGUUUGCGACGCUAGUUCUAGGGUUACUCUCAUGGGAUUGUGAGCAAAAUGAGAUACCUUCUGAGAGUUGUAUCUGCCGGACCCAGUGAUAUUUUCUUGGUACAUACCAUUUGUCAUUCUAGUUUGAUGUCUAGGGUUAUGUAGAGGUGUUAAGAAAAUUUUAUGUGAUUUGUCUUAAUUGCAAUAGUCAAAUUUGAUAUUCUGUUUUCUGCAGUACCUUUCCUAAAUUUCUUUGUUUUCUCCUUU